AUGAUCGAUACAAUUGAAACAACAACAAUUUAUAUACCUUUCAUACGGGAACACCGGAGGAGUACUGUUGAAGGACCUGAGCUGAUGACGAAACUUACUCUGCUCUCAUUCAGCGGAGGGGAAGGGAGAGAGAUCAAGAGCUAG